CGGGGAAGGAGGGAGAGCCUGGGAGUUGUAGGCGAGUUGGGCGCGAGGCAAGGCCAGCUGGGACCAAACCGCGUCCGCCUAUUCCUCGCUUGCUCAUGGAGUGGGUUUCCUGGCGGGGCACGUCUUCGUUUUCCUCUCCUCGUCGCCUUUAGCCGGGGCUUGGCUUUUCUCCAGCCGCUGCUUCUUCCUUAUCCUCUUCGUCCUCUCCUUGCGUCUCGAUCUCUCCUUCUCCGCCAUGGGGGACGUGAUCUCGGCACACCUGGACGACAGCAGGCGGCAGUUCAUCGCAGAAAAGACUGGCAAGGUCCUGGCCGAGUUUUGCCAGUUCUAUGAGGAACAGUAUGGUGUCUCCCUCUUCAACAGUGUCCGGUAUGAAAUUGAAGGCAGUGGUGGACCCCAGGCUCAGCUACUGCGCCGCAAGGUUCCACUAGAGCCACGUACCAUCUUCUCGGGGAAUCUGUUCCAGUACAUGGAAGAAAACAAGAAGUGGAGGAACCGUUUCUGUGUCGUGCCCCAUAAUUAUGGGCUGGUGCUGUAUGAGAACAAACUGGCCUAUGAGAGAGGUCUCCAGCCCCGGAUUCUCAUCAACAGUGCUGGCUACAAGAUCCUCACCUCCUUGGAGCAAUACCUGGACCUGGUCAAUAGCAAUUUGCCAGGUUCUGCACCCAAAUCAGGCAACACCUCUGUCUUCAAAUGCCCCACAGAGUUCCCUCUCAUCCUAUGGCACCCUUACGCCCGGCACUACUACUUCUGCGUGAUGACUGGGAAGGAGCAUGAGAAGUGGCGAGCCGUUUUCCAGGACUGUGUGCGCCACUGCAACAAUGGUAUUUCUGAGGACAACAAGGUAGAGGCUCCUGCAUUCACUGAUGCCGUCCGCAUGUACCGCCAGUCUAAGGACCAGUAUGGCACAUGGGACAUGCUUUGUGGCAAUGAAGCACAGGUCUUGAGCAACUUAGUGAUGGAGGAACUUCUUCCUGAGCUGAAGAACAUGAUUGGGCCCCGCCUGAAGGGCAAAAUCCAAGAGAGACACAGAGUUUGGAUCCAGGUCUCUGACGCUGUGUAUAGGAUGGUCUACGACCAGACCAAAGUCCAGUACGACGAAGCUGUGGUUAAAUGCGAGGUUGAGAAGCCUGGGAUGACCAGCACCAUCCGCACAGAUAUGGAUCAGAUCAUCCAAUCAAAGGAGCACCUGGCCAGCAAGAUCCGAGCCACAGUCUUCUCCAAAGCAGAGAUCUGUGUUCGGAACCACGUCCAGCCUUACAUCCCUUCCAUCCUGGAGGCACUUAUGAUCCCCACCAGCCAGGGCUUUGCCGAGGUGCGGGAAGUCUUCUUCAAGGAGGUGACCGACAUGAAUAUGAACAUCCUCAACGAAGGAGGAAUGGAGAAGAUGGGGGAGUACAUGGAAAACCUUUCCCAGCUGGCUUUCCACCCAGUCAAGAUGCAGUCCUGCUAUGAGAAGAUGGACCAGUUGAAGCUGGAAGGGCUGCAGCAGAGGUUUGAUGUGUCCAGCGCCUCUGUGUUUAAGCAGCGGGCCCAGAUCCUGAUGAGACAGCAAAUGGACGAUACCGUGUACACCUUUGAGACGCUCCUUCAUCAGGAGGUGGGGAAAUCGCCAGACAAAGAUGAGCUCUGCAAAACCAUUCAGCGCAUCCUGGAGCGGGUGCUUAAGAAAUAUGACUAUGACAGCAGCACGGUAAGGAAGAAGUUCUUCCGGGAGGCCCUGCUACAGAUCACCAUCCCCUUCCUGCUGAAGAAGCUGGCCCCCACUUGCAAAGGGGACCUCUCAAGAUUCCAGGAACUGAUUUUUGAGGAUUUUGCCCGUUUCAUCCUGGUGGAGAACACCUACGAAGAGGUGGUACUGCAAUCUGUCAUGAAAGACAUCAUGAUGGCUGUGAAGGAGGCAGCUGUGCAGCGGAAGCACAACCUGUACCGCGACAGCAUCGUGAUGCACAACAGCGACCCCAACCUGCACUUGCUUGGCGAGGAGACGCCCAUCAAUUGGGAGGAGGAGUUCGGCAGGCAGUCGGACUCAGACCCGCCAGAUGAGAAGCAGCGCCGGGCCAAGCAAGUCGUUUCUGUCAUCCACGUUGACGAAGAGGCCCUUCCCUACGAGGUCACUUCCCUGGAGGGGUCCCCAGGUGCAGCUGAGCUGGAGCCCGAGCGGGUUGACCGCAGUCCUUCCCCUCCUGUGCAGGGGUCCCCUGACAGCGUGAAGGACCUUCGUACGAUGCUGGUGAAGGAGAUCUGCGUCAAGGCUCCGCUAGAGAAGGCUGAUUCCCAGCUGGGCAAUGGCACCAUUGCCCAGAAGAGCGAAGUAGACCCCAAACACAUGGAGGGGAAGGAGGAGGAGGAAGCCACCAAGGAGGCAGGCAAGCAAACGCCACAACAUCCCGCUGAGUGCCAGGCGGAGGCGCAGGAGGCUACGGACUCCAUGCCCACUUCUCCUGCCCAGUCGCCUUCCCUGGCUGCCGACGGGGGGUCCUGCGUGGGCUGCCUUGAGCCUAGCGAUAAGGAGACAGGGGAGGAGACGGGGGUGCAAGUGGAGGUGACCCCAGUUUGUGAGACGAGCAUGGAAUCCUUUGUGGAGAACAGCCAUGGGGCUACAGAAGGCAGCGAAGGGGUGCAGACUCAGUUCUAGGACAGCUGCCCCACCUCUUAUGCAAGAGGGUUCCUCUAUUGGCUGUGUCAAUGCCAAAGGCAGACUCGAAUUGGGGGACCCUGUGGGGGGUGCUGUGGGGGGGGGAGAAGGCAGGCAGGGCGAGGGGAGAGCAAAGUGCCUAAAGUUGGUUCUUUGGCCUCCUUAAUUUGCAUGUGCUCAAUCCAUCCAGAGAAGUAUUGGGAGGGAGCACAGGGGAUGGGAUGGAGGAGCCCCAGAAAUAAUACCAGUUCUUCUAGCUGUCUCUCUUGGGACCAUGCUGACCGUUUUGGGCUUCUGUAGGCCUGGAAUUAUGUUGGCUUCCUCACUUUCAUUUCCUUUGCACCUUUCGUUCACAAUUGGCUCAUCAGGGGUCUCCUUCCCCCAUUCCAGUUCUACUGAAAAGACACUUUACUUUGGAUGCCAGGGAAUGUCUGGGGUACAGGAACAGAAUGACAGCUGCUUCCCUCCUCCUCGCCCUCCACUACAGAUAUAGAAAAUGCUUUUCUGCAUUUCUUCCAAUCCACCUUCAUUUUCUUGGAACUUGGUUGUGUUUUAAUCCAGUCUUGUUGCCCCACUGAUAAUUAUAUAUAUUUUUAAGGGUAGUCAUCUUCUUUUAACUGUUUCACAAGUAAGAAAAUCUCAUCACCUGUGCGUCUUCACCUCUCUUCCCCAGCGUUGACAGCCAUGUCUUAGUGUAGUUCUGCAACUCCCACCACUUGGAGAGAUUUGAGGAUCUGGGUAGGAAUAUUAGCUGCAGGACCUAGUAGGUAGAGCCAGCGAGUCCCUUUUCGCUAGAGAAUGACGAUGCAAAUGAAGGUUAGAGAAACCGGAUGUGGCAGUUGUUAAGGCCGAACGAGGGAAGUGUGUAGCAGAAAGCAGUGAACGUAUGUGGAUGAGGGCAAAGCUGCGGAAUAAGUUUUCUUCCCUGCCCAGGGAGGGGUCAAGUAACAUACAUCUUGUAGGUUUACCACCAAUGCAAGAAACUGGGUAGAUAUGUUAAUGGUGGUGGCUUGUAUCCAAUACUCAUCUUACUCAGAGUAGGCCUCUCUCUGUGCCCAAUUUAUAGGCAAGGAAAAUUAUAAGAGAACUUGCCCGCUUUGUUUUAGAAUGUUCUCUUCAUUGGUGAUUCUGGGUGGAUGGGGAAUGCAAACUGAAUGCCAUAGCAAGGGUUGUCCCAUUGAAAGUGUGCAUGUGUGCACAUAUUGGAUUUACAAAAAUAUCCACUUUUCUUUUUACCCCUGGUAGGUAAAAGGAAUAUGGUUAUUGCCUCCUGGAGCUUCUAUGGAUUGUGCCAAAACUUAGUCCUUUCUUGGAGGCAGACCCACUGAAAUUAAUAGACGUGAGUCUCUCUCAGAGAAAAAGGUGGGGAUUUAAAGCCUGGUACAGGUGAAACUGAGAGGAGAUAUGAUAGCCAUCAUCAAAUACCUAAAGGGCUGCCACAUGGAGGCUGGAGCAAGCUUUUCUCCAGCUCCAGAGGACCCAAA